CGCUCUCCUCCAGGUGUUGGGAAGUCCUGUUUGCUGCUGCAGUUCACAGACAAGAGGUUCCAGCCAGUUCACGACCUCACCAUCGGUGUGGAGUUUGGUGCCCGAAUGAUUCACAUUGACGGGAAGCAGAUUAAGCUACAAAUCUGGGACACGGCAGGGCAGGAAUCAUUCCGAUCAAUCACCCGCUCGUACUACCGGGGAGCUGCGGGGGCUCUACUGGUCUACGACAUCACCAGGCGCGAGACCUUUAACCACCUGACCACCUGGCUGGAGGACGCGCGGCAGCACUCGAGUUCCAACAUGGUCAUCAUGCUGAUCGGCAACAAGAGCGACCUGGAGUCACGGAGAGAUGUCCGGAAGGACGAAGGGGAGGCCUUUGCUCGCGAGCAUGGACUGGUCUUCAUGGAAACCUCGGCCAAGACGUCUGCCAACGUGGAGGAGGCGUUCAUUGAUACAGCCAAAGAAAUCUACAGCAAAAUCCAACAGGGGGUCUUCGAUGUUAACAAUGAG